GGGCGGCUUCUGACUGAAACCGGGCCUCAACCGGAUGGCGGUUGCGAGGCUCAGCUGCCCGCCCUGGGGCUCGAUCCUCGGGCUGCUCGGGCUGGCCUUGACCGCCGCCACUGCCUGGGACGUGGCGUCUCUGCGCUGCAGCUUCGGCUCGUUCUGCGAAUGUGACUUCUGGCCCGACUUGCCGGGUCUGGAAUGUGACCUGGCUCAACACCUGGCUGGCCAGCAUUUGGCCAGGGCCCUGGUGGUGAAGUCACUGAAAGCCUUUGUGCAGGACCCAGCUCCCAGCAAGCCAUUGGUCCUUUCCCUGCACGGCUGGACGGGCACCGGGAAGUCCUAUGUUAGCUCCCUGCUGGCACAGUAUCUCUUCCGUGGUGGCCUCCGAAGCCCUCACGUGCACCACUUCUCCCCCAUUAUCCAUUUCCCACAUCCCAGCCACACUGAGCAGUACAAGAAGGAGCUCAAGACCUGGGUCCAGGGGAACCUCACUGCCUGUGGCCGAUCUCUUUUCCUCUUUGAUGAAAUGGACAAGCUGUCCCCUGGCCUGAUGGAAGUCCUGCAGCCCUUCCUGGGUCCCUCUUGGGUUGUGUAUGGGACCAACUAUCGCAAAGCCAUCUUUGUCUUUAUCAGCAAUACUGGUGGUGAGCAGAUCAACCAGGUGGCCCUGGAGGCCUGGCGCAGCCGCAGGGAGAGGGAGGAAAUCAGCCUGCAGGAGCUGGAGCCUGCAGUCUCCCGAGCUGUGUUGGACAAUCCUCACCAUGGCUUUUGGCGGUCUGGCAUCAUGGAGGAACACCUGCUGGAUGCUGUGGUGCCCUUCCUCCCACUCCAGCGGCAUCACGUGCGCCACUGUGUACUCAAUGAGCUGGCUCAGUUGGGCCUGGAGCCCCGAGAGGAGGUGGUCCAGGCUGUGCUGGACAGCACUACCUACUUCCCCGAGGAUGAACAGCUCUUCUCCUCUAACGGCUGCAAAACAGUGGCGUCCCGAAUCACGUUUUUCCUCUGAGAACCCCCGGUGGUGCCAUCGCCACCUCUGCAUACACAGAACAAACAAGAAAGGCCUGGGUGUCUCCAGGACGACUCUUUCCUAAGCUGGCUGGCAAGUGGGACCCAGAGCACAAAAGUUAAGAUGAAGAAAGGUGUUGGCCAGGCCAAGGAAGAAAGGCCUAGAAGGCGUCUUUGCUGGGAAAUUGCUGAGCACCCUAGAACCUCACAGCCUUGCCAUUGCCCUGCAGCCUGAGGCUUCUCAAUGUGAACCGCAACUCAGGGACAAAGACUUGUGGCUGCCCCCAUGUGGGUUCUUCUACCUGCAUGCCUUGCCUGGCUUUAGCCAGAUCUCAGCCCACAGCCUGCGGCUGGACCCGGAAGUUCAGCAAGGCCAGGCUAGCGCCUCAUAGUUUCACCAAAUGGAGGGACUCGAGCUGCCACCUGAGCCUGGAUUUCAAAGUUUUUAAUUUUGUACAAGAAGAGAACAGGGAUAAUAAACUUAGCCAUGGGAUUAGAAUAUUGA